AUGACUCAACAUGUUAACAGCAAAUUAGUCGAAACAAAUCUUCGACAUCGAUUCGAAUAUUUAGCGAAAUUUGUCAAUUUUACUACUGAUGAUAUCGCCAUACUUAACGUUCUCGGUAAAAUGGCAUCAGGAUUAGUUCCAAUUAUUGUUGAUAAGAUUUUUCAACGACUUUUGGAUUUCGAUAUUACAAAACGUUAUUUUCUUAUGCGACAUUUUGGUUAUGCGGGACCGGUGACUGUCAAUGAAUCUGAACUCACAUUAGAAUCUGAACAAAUGUGUUUUCGACGAACAAGUCUCGCCAAAUAUCUUAAAAGAAUUCUUCGACAAAAAGUUUGGAAUGAUGCUUUUCUUGAAUAUUUAUCAUAUGUUGGUAAAAUUCAUACAAGUAUGGCUGGUUCACAUUCAAUUGAUGUGGAUUUUAUUCACAUCAAUAUUCUUUUUGGUUAUAUCGAACAUAUUUUACUCGAUAUUGUUCUUUCCAAUGAACAAAUUGAUGAUAAAACAAAGAAAUCAGCAAUUCUUGCUUUGAACAAAUUCUUCUGGAUUCAAAAUGAUUUUUUCUCAAUGCAUUAUAUUAAACAAACGAAUACGAAUGAAGUGAAAUGUUGUUUACCAAGAAUGACAAAUACGCGAAUCGGUUGUUUGCAAAUUUAA